GGCCGGCGGCGUGGGAGUCGCGGCUGAGGGCGCCGGGCGUCCCCGCCACCUCCCGCACGGGUGCGCGCGCAGCCCCUCCGGGCAGACCGCUCCCGCCUGACCCCUCCCAGCGCCAGCGGCGUGCGGCCGCCGGAGCCCGGGGAGACCAGGACUGCUGAGCUGGAGGAGGUGGCGGGAGCCUCAGCUCCGACCAGCGUCUGGGCGGUGCCGCAGGUUCACAGAUGGAUUCACUGGAGAAGAUGACAAAUAGAAGUGAACAAAAAUCAAGCAGAAAGUUUUUAAAAAGCCUCAUCCAGAAACAGCCGCAGGAACUGCUCCUGGUGAUGGGGACGGGUGUCAGCGCGGCAGUGGCCCCGGGCAUCCCCGCCCUGCGCUCCUGGAGGAGUUGCCUGGAGGCCGUCCUGGAGGCGGCGGAGCAGCUGGAGGUGCUGCACCCUGGGGACGUGGCUCGCUUCCGCAGGAAAGUGAUGAAGGACCGGGACCUGCUGGUUGUGGCCCAUGAUCUGAUCCGGAAGAUGUCACCUCGGACGGGCGACACGAAGCCCAACUUCUUCCAAGACUGCCUGAUGGAGGUUUUCGACGACCUGGAGCAGCACAUCCAGAACCCGCUGGUGCUGCAGUCCGUGCUCAGCCUGAUGGAGAGGGGCACCAUGGUGCUGACCACCAACUACGACAACCUGCUGGAGAUCUUCGGGCAGCAGCAGAACAAGCCCAUGGAGUCCUUGGAUUUGAAGGACAAGACCAAGGUCCUUCAGUGGGCAAGAGGCCAUGUGAAAUACGGAGUUCUCCACAUCCACGGCUUGUACACGGACCCCUGUGGGAUGGUGUUGGACCCCUCGGGAUAUAAGGAUGUCACUCAAGACCAAGAAGUGAUGGAGGCGCUCCAGAACUUGUACCGCACCAAGUCCUUCCUGUUCGUGGGCUGCGGGGAGACCCUCCGGGACCAGAUAUUCCAGGCGCUCUUCCUGUACUCGGUGCCGAACAAGGUGGACCUGGAGCACUACAUGGUGGUGCUCAAGGAGGGCGAGGACCAGUUCUUCAAGCACCAGGCCGACAUGCUGCUGCACGGGAUCAAGGUCGUGUCCUACGGCGCCAGCUUCGAGCACUUCCCGGGGUACGUGCAGGACCUGGCCUCGCAGAUCUGCAAGCAGCGGAGUCCAGACGCUGACCCGGUGGACAGCACCACAUCGUUGGGGAGAGCAUGCCAGGGCUGUGCAAAGAGGAAGUUAGAAGAGAACGGAACUGAAGUCUCAAAACAACGCCGACAGUCAGAUGAUGCUGGAGCAUCUUGAAAACUUUAAAACCAGUAAAACCUGCAACUUGAAAACCAGCCUUCUGUGACCACAGUGCCGCACCCGAACAAUGAGGAAUGUUCAGAGAACUCCACACGGACCCUCACUUCUAAAGCGUCACGCUCCCCGAGAGAGCCCUGUGGCAAUGUGGCCUGAGGAGGCUGGGUGACAGUCCCCCGGGUGCGUUUAACUGUCUGAGGGGUGAAAUGCACACACUUCAGGUACCUUUGUGAGGGUUGGUGGACAGCUACCUCAGGGGCCCAUUCGGCAGGAAGGAAGGUGCCUGGUAUUCUGGGCUCCCACUUGACACGCCCUCUUUGUCAAAGUGGGUUUUUCUAAUAAAAGGGAGAGAGUGAAGACUGUCCAAGCACAGUAGUUGCCAAAGAGAAAAUAAAAAACUAGACUCUUAAAUUUUACAAUUUUUAUGCAGAAACCUCUAUUACUAUAGAAAAAACUUAUCAGGUGUGUUUGUUAUAUUGUUUUAUAGUAAAGAAUAUUCGAGGCAUUGACUCUCCCAGUGAGUCGUAUGACUUUUAAAAGAGUGACUAGAUCAAUAGGGCUUCUUUGGAAUUCCGUAAUUUUAGUAACUUCAGUUCCAAAGAAUGACAGGUGUAACUAUCAGGAGAAGCGGAGUCACAGAGAAGCAGAAGGAGGACCUUUCAGAAGUGCGGUUCUGAGCUGUGUAUGUCCGCUUUGCCGCUGGUAACUGUGGAGUUACAAGUGGAGCACAGACCAGGCUUUAACUUUUAGCCAGAGUGUAAGUUCCAAGCUUUCCAAGUCUAUCCCAGGCUGGGGAAAGUCCGGCCUCUCUGUGCACAUCUCCUGACAGCCCCUCCCAUGGCCCGUAAAUGGAUUAACAGAGGGUGGCGGGCAGACCUUGUGAAGGGAGGGACUGCAGCGCCAGAGACGCCAACACUAGAUGUGUUCUGGGGCCCCGAGGGCAGGUGGCAGGGACAGCUGCCGCCUGCAGGGCCCAUGCAGGGAGUUGCUCUGUGAACGGCAAAGGCCCUGCUUGGUGUCUGUUUCAGAGGCUGUUUUCACAAGGCAUUUCUUGUCAAGCACUACGCCCCUUCCCACUGCUGGCACUGGGGCCCCCACAGGUACGGAGAACAGGAAACAGGAGGUGGGGACGUGUAGGGAGUGUCAGACCUUUGUCUUCCUUUCGAAGCAUGAAAAAUUUUAUGCUACUCUGGUCAUAAAUAAAACUUUAACUCUGUGCUCAACUUUUCCUCA